AUGACUUCAAAGCCCUUCCUUCGAUUUGUUCCAGCAACUGGGGCCUUUGCUGCUAUCCGAAUCGAUCCUGUUGCAUCUUUAGCCCAUCUCGACGACCCGCUGGCUCAAUUGGCGGCUGCAAAUAUGGAAUGCAAGGACUACAUUGUCUACGUCGGAAAGCAUGUGCUGCGUCAUCGUACAAUCGCUUUCCACAAGGAGAACGUGGACUUCGUUGUCCAGGGCUUACCAAUACCCAUUCCCGACCAUCAUAUCGAGCUGUCAACAUUCAUACCGAUUUCCCCCACCCUAGGUUCUGAGUCUUCCCCACCGCCGCUCUCACCAAGCGGCGACUUCCCGUGGUCGGACUGCUAUCUAACUCCCUUUAUAUCGGCCACCGUGCGGACGAAAACUAUCCGCUCCAACAAACCAAUCCUUUGUCGCCUUGGGAUGUUCGAACGCGCUCGCUGUAGCAUGGCUCUUGAACACGGUCGGACACGUCAACACAGUCUGCAACGCGCUGCGGAGGAAAACGGCGCCACCAACUCCAACAUGCCAGUGCCCAGCUCUCCGGCUUUGAGCGCCUUGGAUGUGAACUCCGAGUCGAAGCUGGAUAGUGACAUGCGGUCCAUGUCAGACAGAAACUUGGUCGCAUCUAUUAGAGCCACGAAUCAGCUCAAAGAGGCCCCCAACGACAUGUUGACGGUCACUUUCACCCAUGAUUUGCCCGCCAUUGACAAACUAAAUGACCCACGUUCGUUUUUCGAAGAAGUUGAGCUUAUUUCUUGCUUCACACGGGAGUCAAUUGCCCACAAGGCCCGUCGGGAAGCCGAUGAAGCCGAGGCCGAUGCGCGAAGACUAGCACUUGGUCAUCGAGCUGAUGCUUACCAUAAGCUGAAUGGCGGCGUCUGGGGUAUUUCUGAUGAGAACCUUCGCCCUGAGCACGAAUCUGCCAGUGCCUUCAGGUCCCGACUUGCGUCCAGGAUUCGACGUUUCUUCCAUGUUUCAACCUGA